UUGACUGAAUUGAUUCAAACUAUUUUUUUUAAUUCUGGAAUUAUUAAAACAAUCCUCUUUCAGCCAGCUGGAGAUUAUUACCGAGACAUUCACCAGCUUUAUCGAGGGAAACGAGAAGUGACUUUUGAUGUAAGUGAAUCUCAAAUUAUCUACAUACCUAAAUAGAAAAUGUCAGACGUCUUAGCGAAUCGUGAUGCGUGGAAGGAGUACGAAUACAACAGAGAACACCAGAUUUAUUCAAAUUUUACACCGUUCUAUGUGACAGUCGCCAUAUUUUCUAUCAUAGGUGGAAUCAUAUUCAUCUUCAACAUCAUUUGUUGCUCCUGCUCUCGUUAUAAACACUACUGGCGGGACAGACACACGGGAAAUCGUUGGAUUCAUCCACUGUGGGUAGUGACACCCCACAAGAACCCGCCCCUGGACCUCACCCCAAUAAGAAGAGGCUUCAACGACGGGGUUGUGUACUCAUUGCAACCCGGUCAAGCCUAUUCAACCCGAGGAUAUCCCUCCCAAGGGACGCAUUACUCUGAAUCAGUGCAAGGGGACUUGGAGGCCCAGUACGACUCCAGAUUAGGUACACCACAGCCCCAAGAGUACAUGGAACUCCACAAACGGGAGAGUGAAAUUUGAAUUGUCACUACAUUUAACCGAAUUAUCUCAGUCCAUUGAUCAAUCGUUCCAGCGAUUUCUGAUCGUACAAAAUAGUUUUAGAACUUAACAGUCAAUUGAGAGGGGAGAUUUAGAAUAUCAACAAACUUCUUCUUUGAAUUUGAAUUCAAAGUUUCGAAUUUAUACGAAAGUUUUAAACGUAUUGGGAGAAGAGAGAGAGAAUUCUAUUAUAAAUUUGAAAGUUGGAGUUGCAAUCUGCGGGCGUAUUUGCACAGUGGAAUCUGUACGAUUUGAGAGUUUUCAGAGUUUUCUUCACAGGAAAA